AUGGCGGAGUCCGACGGAUCCACCACUGCUGCGCUUCUCAAGCAAAUGGAGGAUAUACGCAGUCUCUCGGUGUGCAAGAUCUGCAUGAGAUCCCUCUACGAGCCGUUUAUUCUCUCAUGUGGUCACACGUACUGCUACACGUGCCUUACCAGCUGGUUUGGUGAAAAGCUCGUCAGGAAGGGCCAAGGCAACAAGAGAAACUGCCCAGACUGCAGGACCAAAAUCAGAGUACAACCGUCUCCCAAUUACCUCCUCCGAGAUCUUGUCCACAUGUUGAUUAGCCGAGCCGACUUGCUACCUGAAGAUGAGAGUGUACAGGACCACCAGCUAGCCAAGGAAGAAGAGGCGGCUUCCCUCGCAGCAGAUCGGAAGGGACCUGGCAUUUUCAAAGGCAUUUUCGAGAAGAAAGAACAGCGCGCAGGCAUUUGGGCUCGAGGUCUUAGAGAUGAAGAAGACAAUGUCGUCCGUUGCCCUGAUUGUCACUGGGAACUCGAAAAUGGUGAAUGCGGACGCUGUGGCUUCCUUGAAGACAUGUAUAAUUCGGCUAGCCCAUUCGAGUCCGAUGUCGGCACGGAUAUGUUAUCUGCUUCGGACUACGAUUCGGCGGAUACCCAAUACCUACGGCUCGUGCGUUCGAAUCUAAUGGAUUAUGAUGAUAUCGAGAGCGAACUCCCGUCAAGUGAAAUUGACGAGGAGGAAGACUAUGGCGAGGAUGAUGACAUGGAUGGAUUCAUCGACGAUGAAGCCGACGAGGAUCACGAUGACGCAAGUAGUCAGUCUACAAUGACUAUCUACAACCGACAAUGGGCAGGAGAUGCAAGACUUGCGAGUGCGCUCGAUACUGCAAGUGAACAGUCUGCUGGUGAUGAUAAUCAUCACGGUGUGAGAUAUCCGGACGUUGUUCGGCGUGCAGAAAGUGGUCCUUGGGCAAUGUCCGACGCUGAGACGAACUACGAUGAAGUGACAGAGGCCUCUGACGACGAGCCCGCCGAGACACCACCAAAUUGGCGAAGACCAAGAGCAGCGCGGAUUGUCUUGAGUGACGACGAUGAUGAUGAGGAUGUGGAAGAAGAGGGACGGGAUGUUGCUGAUCAGGAACCUGAGGAUGGAGAUGAUGGAGAUGAUGAAGAUGAGGAAGACGAGCUUGACGAACAGUUUCCAUCAGAACACUCGGAAACUGAGGCCAGUCAGGAUCACUCCGAAGUCAGCGCGCACGACGAACCGGCGGCCAUAGCCAUCAACCCUACAUGGUGGGAGACCAAAGACAAACUAGCCCAGUCCGGCAACACUUUCGCACACGUCCAAGAAGCAACAUGCCUCAAAAUCGCACCUCAGGACGACCGAACGGCUACCUGCAACCUUUCGGAAGACUGGGGCUUGGUCGGCGAAUACCAGUCGGAGACAUGA